AUGAGUUUGUCUCUACGCCGCAAUCUUGCUCUUGGUAUUUGUUUACCAAUAACACUGUUCAGUUUGUUUGUCAUCCAUCAAAAGCGUGAUAUUGUCUUCUCGGAACAUUCAGUACAAUCUGUUGAAAGCUCACAUUUCAGUCGUUCCAAGCGCUUGACAAACCUCGAUCAAUUUACUGUAAUCAAUAAUGAUGCACAACGACUUCAUGCACAAUAUCAAGAUCCGUAUAAUCAAAUGCCUAAUGCAGUUCCAUUUGUAAAUAAUUUCAAUAAUCAGCGACAAAUCUUUCCGUAUCCAACGAUUCAACGACGACUCAAUCCAGUGAUCGAAACAAAAACUCUCGAACGUUUUGUUCAUCUCGAUUUGAAAGGUGCUGCACCAAAACUCGAUUACUACAGACAGCUAUUUCCUUUUCUAAAGCAACUGGGUGCUACAGGCUUAUUGAUUGAAUAUGAAGAUAUGUUUCCAUUCACCGGAAAUUUAUCGAUUAUCAAACACGGUUUUGCGUAUUCGAAGAAUGAUGUCGAGCAAAUCUUACAAUUAGCUAAGACGAACGAUUUGAAAGUCAUGCCUUUACUUCAAGUUUAUGGACAUUUGGAAUAUGUUCUUAAACUGAAAGAGUUUCUGCAUCUGAGAGAAGAUCGUCGAUAUCCGCAAGUGAUUACACCAUGUCUAGAAGAAAGUUACAAGUUACUAUUUGAAAUGAUUGACCAAAUAUUAUCUCUUCAUCCAACCAUUCCAUAUCUUCAUAUGGGUUGUGAUGAGGUUUACUACCGUCUCGUUCAUCCUCAAUGCGUUAAUCUGAACUUUCGUGACGAGGCAGAUCUGUUUAUCAGACAUGUUACUCGGGUGGCGAAGUAUGUUAAAUCCAAACGUCCUAACAUAAAAUUAUUUAUAUGGCACGAUAUGAUUUCACAACUAAUUAACUCAGGUUCUAGUAAUACUACUGAAUUAAUUGAUCUUGUUGUACCAAUGGUGUGGACAUAUGUUGACGAUGUUAACCCGUGGUUUGAUGACGGAUUUUGGAUGCGAUUUUCGAUGUUUCAUGAAGUUUGGGUCGCUAGUUCAUUUAAAGGUUCUUCAGGUGAGAUCACCACAAUGAGUUAUAUUGGUCAUCAUCAACGUAACCAACAAACAUGGUUGGAAACUAUGUAUACUGCCUCAACUCGACAUCGAGUCAACUUUACCGGUAUCGCUGUAACUGGUUGGUCUCGGUACGAUCAUAUGUUAUCAUUAUGUGAAUUUCUUCCCUCAUCGAUUCCAUCACUUGCAUACGCCUUACAAACAAUUGUCUAUGGUCGUAUCAAUCACGUACAAAAUACGACCAUUGGACGAACAUUGUUAGGAUGUGACCGAGUACCGUUCUGGGAGAAGCCGAUCGAUAGUAUUUACAUAUCCUGCACAUUUCCAGGACAUGAAAUGUAUGAAAUGAUGUAUCAACAUGACGCUGUCCUUCAUCAAUACGACGAAACGAUGUCAUUCGUUCGUUUGUACGUAACUGAUCUACAUCUCCGUCAAAACUAUAUUCAUUAUAAACGAAGUCAAGAAUGUCUCCAACGCUUGUACUAUUUAGAAGAACAAAUGCUUUACUUUAUUGAUUCAUUUCAACGUACAUGUUCGCAGUUUUUCACUGCAGACAUCGCUCCUGAAUGGUUACAAACAUAUUUCAUGAAAAAAUUCAAAGAGGUUCAAUCUCGCGUGAACUUUAUCGAACGUGCACUGAAAAAUCAAUCGGCAUGGUCGCAACGUCCAAUACCCAACAACACAUCACCUAUUGUAAUCAAACGACGAAAUUAUACGAUUAAUAAUUUGUUAUAA